UCCCAGUAGACAGCAGCCACCUGGCAUGAAGACCAGAUUCCUGGGAGGUGAUAGUGCAGCUCUGCCUCGCUGCCUUCGUUAGCCCUCUGUGUUCAUCUUGGCCUGGGAGUGCUGCCUCCCUCCACUCUCAGGCUGGAAAGGUGCUGUGAGGAGAGGUGAAGAGGGGGGAGGGCAGGAGGAGGUGCCAGGCCUGAAAGGGGGCACACCCAGGCCGAGGCCCACAGUGGGUAUUGGCUAAAGACCACAACGUCUCUGCUGGAAGGAGGGGCUGCAGGGGCUUGCAAUAUUUCAGGCCCUCUCAGUCGGUGAGGCUAGGGGCAGAGGCAUCUGGAAAACAGACCUCCCUCUGGAAUUCAGAGUUGAGUUGCUAAAUCACUGAAGCCUGGAAUCUAUGAGACAAGACUGAGGACUGCAAGGGCCAUCCAGGGGUACCACACUCCAGGAGAGCUUUCAGACGCAGGCCAUGAGGUGGGUCUUUCUGCUGUUGCUGCUGCUGCUGCCUAAGGCGCUGCGCCCAAGCGGCGCAGGGCUGCUCCCGGAGACCGGCCCGAUCUUCCGGCUCACUCAGCAAGGCCUCCGGACGAGCGGGCCCAGCAACACCACAAGCUCACCCUGCGAGGGGCUCCCCGCCACGGGAAACACGACCCUGAGUCUCACCAACCGCAGCCUGGAGCGCCUGCCCAGCUGCCUGCCGCGCGCCCUGCGCAGCCUCGACGGCAGCCACAACCUGCUGCGCGCCCUGAGCGCCCAGGAGCUCGGCCACCUGCCGCACUUGCAGGUGCUGACGCUAAGCCACAAUCUCAUCGCCUCGCUGCACUGGGGCCCCGGCGGGCCCGCGGGGCUGCACACCCUGGACCUCAGCUACAACCAGCUGACAGCCCUGCAGCCAUGCGCCGGGCCUGCGCAGAGCAGCCUCCGCGCGCUGACGCUCACCGGGAACCCACUUCGAGGGCUGCAGCCAGGGGCCUUCUCCUGCUUCCCUGAGCUUCGGAUCCUCAACCUCUCCUCCACCGCGCUGGGCUUGGACGCCCAAGGGGGCAUCGCGGAUGCGGCCUUCACAGGAGCCGGGGGUGUGCCCCUGGCCAACCUCGAGGUUCUGGACCUCAGCAGCACGUUCCUCACGCUGGUUGGGUCCGGAUGGAUCAGGGACCUGCCGAAGCUCAAGUCUCUCUACCUGAGGAAGAUGCCCAGGCUGAGGAGCCUGGAGGGGCACAUUUUCAAGAUGACCCCUGAACUGCAGCAGCUCGAUUGUCAAGACUCCCCAGCACUUACCUCUGUCCACACACACAUCUUUCAAGACACUCCUCACCUGCAGCAACUUCUAUUCCAGAACUGCAACUUGAGUUCAUUCCCACCUUGGACCCUGCGUUCCUCCCAAGUGCUAUUCGUCAACCUCUUUGGCAACCCUCUCACUUGCAGCUGUGAACUGUCCUGGCUCCUCAUGGAUGCAAAGACCAUCUUAAGCAGGGCAGCAGAUACUGAGUGCAAACCAGCUGCAGGAUCCAGCCCCGUGUUCUCAACCCCGCUCUGGCUAUCCCAGCUGCCUGGUGUGUGCCUACUGGCCGAAGGCACCGCGCUCCCUCAUUCCAGCUCACCGGCCUCUGUCAGCAGCACCCACGCACCGUAUACACAUCUUCCCUCUGACCUGGCAGUGGCAGCUCCUACCUCCCUACCUGCUCCUACCUCCCACCCUACUCCUACCUCCCAACAUGCAGGAGUCCGGCCCACCCCUGGAGCUGUGUGGCCACUGGACGGUGUCGGGGAGGCAACCACUCGCUCCUCCACCACCACUGUAGCGACUUCCGAACAUGUGGGUGUUCCACCUGGGGCUGUAAGCACAGCCGGGACAGAGCCCGGAGAACAAGCUGCGGGGCUUGUCUUGGAACCUAAUAUCUCAGCAGCCUCCAUCCCCUGGGUCAACAAACACCUUGGUCUCCUCCCGACCUCCCGCAACCCAGUGAACACGCACCAGAGGACACGGGCCACCCCACAGGCUCCGCACCCGACUCCUACCCAGGGUGAGAUCCCAGUCCUGAUACUGGAUGACUCCAGUGAGGAGGAGGAGGGGGAGAUGGUGGAAGCGCUUGCCCAGGGUGUCCCCUGUGAUUACCACCCCUGUAAGCACCUCCAGACCCCAUGCAUGGAGCUGCAGAGGCGCCUGCGGUGCCUGUGUCCUGGCCUCAGCGGGGAAGACACCCUCCCGGACCCUCCCAAGCUGCAGGGGGUGUCGGAGACCACAGACACCUCCGCGCUCAUCAGCUGGUGUGCCCCCAACUCAGUGGUGCACGAGUACCAGAUCCACUACGCUCGCGAGGGACGGCUGGGGAACCAGUCGGUGGUGGGGGACAUCUAUCCCACCGCCCGACAGCACCCCCUCUAUGGGCUCGAGCCAGGCACCACGUACCUGGUGUGCGUGCUGGCGGUCAACAGGGCGGGCCUGAGCCCCUCGGACGCUGAGGGUUGGAGCAGGGCCUGCACCACCUUCACUACCAAGCCCAGCUUCGUGCUCAUCUUCGCGGGGCUGUGCGCCGCCUGCGGCCUGCUGCUCGUCAGCACGCUGCUGCUGUCCGCGUGCCUCUGCCGGCGCCGCCCCUGGGCUCGCAGGCAGCGCUACGAAACGCACCUGGUGGACUACAAAAACCCAGCCUUUGACUACCCGCUGAAGCUCCAGACCUCGAAUCAGCCCUCGAAUCCCUGAAUUCUCCUGAAUUCUCCUAUAGACAAACUCAAGCUAAGAAACUGGUUGCCUAUGAGCAGAAGAUCCAGAGGCUUGGAAACUGCUCCCCCAGCUCUAAAGCUUUCUAAUUCCGGUGCCCCCAGCACUGGUGCACACAAGGAAAUUGGCAGCUGAGCAUCUCAGUCCAGGGAACAAGUUCCUUUUACUUCCUUUUACUUUUCCAAAUUUGUCAUGAUUUGAACUAGAUGCAUCAAUGUAGUCAACCAUGUCUAGUUCCAACAUUUCCGUUCCCAGAAAUAUGAACAUCAAUGCCAGAACACACCCAUUGCCACCGGGCAUUCUUGUGCGCCAUUUUAUUUGGGCUUUUCAGUAGUCAGAAUCCCUCAGGGUCAGUAGAGAAGAAUUGUGUACCCCACUAGGAAAGGAUACAACAGAAAUCACAUAAGCCAGACUCUCUGGCCUCAUUGAAAGAGACAUUCUCAAGUCACAUCAAGCAGGUUCCCUCUUAGUCAUGCUUUGGCUAAGGCACAUGUUAUUCAAGGAAUCCAAUCAACUCUAGUGGUCUUCAUUUGAGAGCUGGGGGGUGAGAAAGGAGUUACUGGCUAUGUUUCCUGAGGUCUUCCCAGGUCAAUUAGUUCCAUUUGAGGAUAUGCCCCACCCCCACCCCUCACACACACAGCCCCCCGCCCUCCCAAAUGUGCUGGAAAGCUUUAUAGGGAGACUGCAGUCUUCUGGGAACAUUUGUGAAACACAAGGCUGGCCUUUUUAAAUGCAGUGCUCACUGCAUUUCACCUUAGUGGACAAAGGAACUAUGAACUUAAGGAGGUAUAAGUUCACUUUUAGGGACAUUUUUAGAGAAAAGAGCAAAAGAUUAUUAACUUGUGGCUCUAAUUUGAAACCAAAGCAUUUCUCUGCUCCUGCCCAAUUGCAUCAAAAUCUGUGCUUCACGGAUUUGUAUCUGACUACGGGCAUGUCUUACUCUUCACUGGUUCACUUUUAUACAAAUUUAGGGAGAAAAGUGAUUUUAUGAAAUCCUCCUUUAUGAUGGAGGAUUUUUAGAUUUUAAUUUUCUAGAUUUUAAUUUUCUACGUUAGUAUUUGUUAGUUUCCUGUGGCUGCUACGACAAAUUACCACAAACUAUGUGGCUUUAAACAAUUUAUUUUCUUACAGCUUACUAGAGAAAUCCACAAUCAAGGUGGAGUUCUCAAUCCCCCUCAAGACUCUGACAAUUGGUUCAAGCCCUUCACGUGGCUUCUGUUGGCUGCGGAAAUCCUUGGUGUCGCUGGCUCACAGACCUCUCAUGCCCACCUGUGCCUCCAUUGUCUCGUGGCAGUCUGUGUCUGAAUUUCCCUUUUCGUUUUUAUUUUUGCCCUAGUUUUAUUGAGAUCUAACUGACAUAACACUGUGUAUAUUUAAGGUGUUCAACAUGAUUUUAUAUAUAUGUAUACUAGGAAAUGAUGGCCACAAUGUUGCAACUUUCCAGCACACAGGCUUCAUAUCUAUUUUCUUCUCAGCAGCGGGAUUUCCACUUCCCGUCUCAGAGCCUCCCAGGCCAGACACCACCCUCCUAUUGUCUCACUGCCCCUGUUCCAUUUACAGGCAGUGUCCUUGACCGCAAGGACAAGGAUCCUUAGAGGGACAGAGGAUCACCCUUAACGGCAUGCAUUUGCUUCUGAUUUCCCAUUUCAAUGUAACACAGCUUAUCAGGCGGUGCUUGGAUUACCCCACCAUAGGAUUUCACAUUAGGCUUAAGAGGAGCACAUGGGCAGCAAGAGAUAAGAGGACGUGCCUGCACCAGCCCUUGUCUUCCUCUUCCCCUCUCCCUGCAUCUCUCACUCUCCUAAAUAUGACAAUGUAAUGAAAGUAAGCGCUUUUAAGGCAGAUGGUCCCAAACUAAUUAUUUUUACAAUAUAAGUACAAGUGAUACAUCUGAAUGGACUUUAUCAAUCAGAAGACUUACCCAGCAGCUGAGGGCCACAAUAUACUGUACAGAAUGACUCAAGCCGAAGGUUCACUUUUCUCCCCCAGCUUUUAUUCUUUUAUCAUCUUAACAAAAGAGGAUUCCCCAAGUUUAAAAAAUCUUUGAAAAAUAAACAGUUUCAUAUUAUUUACAUGAGUACAGGUUCCAAUAUUAUAUAAACAUUGCUCUGUCAGAAACACAAUGGAAGGCAUGAUGUAGCUCACUGCCUCGUAGAUGGCAGAGUCGAAUGGACAGGCUUUCAUAUUCCAGCUACCUUUAUUACUUAUCCUGAUACAUAAACUAUUAGGCACCUGAGAGGUUGGAAGACAACAUGAACUCCAGUACCUUCUGUUUUGAUCUUAUUUAUUAUUUUCAAAACUUAGGUAUUUUAAGUUUCUUUAUAAGCUUACUUCAUCUAUAACUACGCUACCUUUUGUUUUUGUCAUUAUCCUAAAUGAUCAAGGAUGAAACACAGGAACUGUUAAUGUGUACAUAGAUCUAAAAAUCAAAUAUAAAAAAUGUACAGCUAAGUUCUAUAGGAUGUAUAUUUAAACCCAGAAGUUCCCUAGUACUUUGGGAGCAAUCUAAAUUCUACCUACAGUUGGCAACUCUCUGGUUUCCAUGUUCUGCACAAUUUUUUUUAAGCACAUGUAAAAAUGACACUAUUUUUUGUAAUUGGUAUCUUAGAAGUUAAUCAAGAAACCUAAGAUAAAAAAUUCUAAAUCAUAGUUUUAUUUGUAUUUAAAAAUACAUUGCAAAUUCUUGCAUAUGCCCAUGAUCAAGAUUAUUUUCAAUGCACAUUACUUAAAUUUGGAUGACAUGGUUUUUUCUGACAAGUCCUUUUUCAAGCUGAACACCAAAACAGGGAAACUCCUAUAGAUUUUCAGUGGCUCUGCCGCCGAUGAUGAUGUAUAUUGCUUCCUUGCUGAUGACAAUGGAUGACUUUCAUCUGCCUUUUAUCACCUGAACAGUUUUCCGACCAUAAUGAUAAUAACUGUAAGCUGAUGCAGCUGUGGUAAAAGCUGUAAAACACCUUAUAUGGAAGGAAAGAAAGAAAACAGUGUCAAAUCUAAAAAACAGUAACCAUGAGAACCCAUAAAGAAUAAACUUAAAAGACACUUUUAAAAGUAGAGAGGGCUAUAUGGCAUGAUUUUAACUACAAGAAUCAAAAUACAGUGGCCUUUCCUUAAGACUUCAUUUGAACUGUAAUGUCAAACAAUCUCGUUAAUGAGCAUGAAAAAAUACUACUAGUAAACUGUCAUUUUUACCCAGACAUUAUUCCAGGUAGCUUAUGUUCUCAUUCUCACCGCAACCUCAUCGUACAGAGGAGGAAACAGAGCCCACAGCACUCGCACAGCCGUAGUGCUGUGCUGGAGCCUGGCUUGGCUGCAGCCUGAGAGCCCAUGUGAUCUCCCCUGCUACACAGAUCACUGAACUCCAUUUCCUGUACACUGAGAAUUCUACUCUCUGAGUCAUUUUAAGUAAAUUUCAGUUUUCUUUCACUGAUUGCUCCUUAACCGAACUGCUAGGCUAACAAAAUUCUCAUGGCUUGCUGAAUGACUGCCACUAGUGGGCCACCACUUUUCAGUGUACCAAGCACCCAUGCUGUGCCUGGUCAAGGUACAGCAUCAUCAAGCCUCAUUUUUGAUUAACCCCAAAUCUGUUUAUGUCAAAUGACAGCCUAAAUUCACACGUGAAACCAGUGAAACAAUGUAACUGUGGGAAGAAUUGCUAUUUCUGAAAAAUAUUGUCCAAUGUAACAGUGGAAUGGUAAUGUUAAAAGAUUGGAGGAAAAAAGCGUGAAAAUAUAAAUAGUUCCUACACUCGGGCUGCCUCAAAAAUGCCUUAAAUUCUUGUAUCACUUUAAAAAAGCAAAAAGUGAAAAUCAGAGAUUGUAUUAGUCUAUUCAAGAAAGAAAACUUCCACUGAAAGGCCUAUACUCAAGAAACGGUAAGAGUCUUGUAUCAGAAGACAUAAGCUGAAUCAGAAUGAAUGUACACUUGUAUAUCUGAGAAAAUAAAAUGUUUAGUACGUGUAUCAUUUUAAAGGUUCUUUAAUUUAAACUUA